AAAGGGAAGUGGACCUUAGUAUCAUCAAUGGUGGAAAGAAGUACAAAAUCCCUUUACUCAUAAAGCCUUUAAGCCCACCGUUUUCUUCAAUUCCAUUUUUCCCUCUUUGCACAUUCGCCGGAAUCCUCCAUUGCUGCCGUUCUCCGAUGAGGUCAAGCCGCUUAUACUCACUGAUUCGCUUUCUUUGAUUCCUCUGUUUCUCGAUUGAACCAGAAGAAGAAGAAGAAGAGAAGAAGACGAUGUCAAUAUAUGAUUCCUCAUUCUUUAACACGGCGCUCUCUAAACGGACCUCCAUUUUCGGCCUUCAUCUCUGGGUUGUAAUCGGAAUCGUAGUCGGAGCCUUAAUAGUUCUCGCACUGUUUCUUCUUUCACUUUGCCUCACUUCUCGCAAGCGGAAUCGCCAUAAGAACAAAAUCCGUUUCCCUAAGUCCACAACCGACCAUUCUCCUCCCAUUUCGAAGGAAAUCCAGGAAAUCGUCCAUAACGCGGUACCGGAUCAUCACCACCAUGUGCAGCCGGAGAUUCAUGUCGAGAUCGGAAAAUUGGAGCAUCGAGUUGUUUUCUCUGAUAGGCCGUCUAGUGGAGAGAGCAGAGGCGCUGUGAGUGAAACUGCUUCUCUUGGAUCUGGUACUGUUGGGCCUGAAGUUUCGCAUCUUGGUUGGGGCAGAUGGUAUACUCUUAGAGAGCUCGAGGCGGCCACUAAUGGCUUGUGUGAAGAGAACGUGAUUGGAGAAGGUGGGUAUGGGAUCGUGUAUUUAGGCACUUUGGGAGAUGGUACAAGAAUUGCUAUCAAGAACCUCUUGAAUAACAGGGGUCAAGCUGAGAGGGAAUUUAAAGUGGAAGUUGAAGCAAUUGGAAGAGUAAGACACAAGAAUCUUGUCAGGCUGCUAGGAUAUUGCGUUGAGGGUGCAUAUAGAAUGCUUGUUUACGAGUACGUUAACAAUGGCAAUCUAGAUCAGUGGCUUCAUGGCGACGUCGGGGAUGUGAGCCCCUUGACGUGGGAGAUUCGUGUUAACAUCAUACUUGGAACAGCAAAGGGAUUAGCCUAUCUUCAUGAGGGUCUUGAACCAAAGGUUGUCCAUCGUGAUGUAAAAUCUAGCAACAUAUUGCUUGAUCGUCAGUGGAAUGCUAAAGUAUCUGAUUUUGGGCUAGCCAAGCUUCUUUGUUCCGAAAGGAGCUAUGUGACGACUCGUGUAAUGGGUACAUUUGGCUAUGUUGCGCCCGAGUACGCUUGCACGGGAAUGUUGAAUGAGAAGAGUGAUGUUUAUAGCUUUGGAAUUCUAAUUAUGGAGAUAAUUUCUGGGCGGAGCCCUGUUGAUUAUAGUAGACCUCAAGGAGAGGUGAAUUUGGUGGAUUGGUUGAAAGCAAUGGUUGGAGAUAGAAGAUCCGAGGAAGUGGUUGACCUCAAGUUGCCGGAGAAGCCUCCUUCCAAAGCUCUAAAACGUGUUCUGCUGGUUGCUCUUCGGUGUGUCGAUCCAGAUGCUUCGAAGAGGCCGAAAAUGGGACAUGUCAUCCACAUGCUUGAGGCAGAUAAUUUGCUGUCUAAUGAUGAAUACCGGGUUGGUAAGGAUGCUUCUCAUUCAACUCAAGGUCAUCAACACGCGCACCGGGCCGUUCCGAGACGAGUUAACCAUCAGAAAGAUGAAGGAACAUGUUCUAAUAUAAGUGAAGGUGACAGUGAUGGAAACAUUCAACAUCCAAGUAGGUGGAGAUAAUAACGCACCACACUAGCACAAUUACAUGACUAACUCUUCAGUUUCAUCCAUUCUUCAGUUAGGUUGCUUUUCUAAUCUUCAAACCAAUUAGACUCAUUCUUACAGAAGCUAUAAGAAUCACCCCACAUCCGUUCUCGUUAGAUAUGCGGCGUCUGCUCGGUCUCCUCAAAUCCUAGUUGCUUCCUGUCUUGAUAUCGAUUUACAAAACUUUUGCUCCUGUGAGUAUCCAAAUUGUCUACACCAAACAUUGAACAGCGUUUAUGUUUACAUUAGGCUCAUUCUUACCGAAGCUAUAAGAAUCACCCCACAUCCGCUCUCGUUACAUACUCAGCGUCUACUCGGUCUCCUUGAAUCCUGGUUGCUUUCUGUCUUGAUAUUGACUUAACAAAACAUUUUCUCCUGUGAGUAUCCAAAUUGUCUACACCAAACAUCGAGCAGCGUUUAUGUUUACAUUAGGCUCAUUCUUACAGAAGCUAUAAGAAUCACCCCACAUCCGUUUUCAUUAGAUACUCGGCGUCAGCUCGGUCUCCUUGAAUCCUGGUUUCUUUCUGUCUUGAUAUUGGCUUAACAAAGCUUACUGGGUCACAGAGUUUGAUCAUCUUUUACCUGUGUGAGUAUCCAAAUUGUUUACAUUAGGCUGCUCGAAGUUUCAUCCUAAGCUGGCUGUUGAUGCUUCUGAAAGGAUCAAUCCUUUGGUUUAUCUGCCGCCAUACAUUGUUCUUUCAAGCACUUUGCCUGCCACUCUUUAUCCAAUGCUUGCUUUUGGAGUAACUUUAUGGAGUUUGGGCCAUUUCUUUAACAUAAUUCUUUCUUUUCCAGUUAUUCUUACAGUGUUGUCGGUCUGAUUUAUAAAGAAGAUUUGAAUUACUUUAUGGCUGCUAACUCUGUAUGCAUCCAUUUGCAGAGAUGGAUCCAAGUGUUAUCGACAUUCUCGACGUUAAGUCGAUAUAUUUAUUGACAAUUUUGAGGUUAUCCCGUUUAUAAUUCUUUU